GAUAAAUGGGGACUUGAGUUGUCGAUUUCUGUCGACUUGUACCUCCAAGAUAUGUUCCGCUUGUUAGAAGAUGUUCCCCAUAGCCAAAGCCGCCGCCGUUGGUUGCGGCUUUUUACAGCCCCGGUCGGGCGCGGAAUACCCCUUCUUUCUUUCCAUCACAGAUCAACAGAAGGAGAGGGUCUCUCCCAGACCCCCCUUCAAUUUUCUUCGUUCACUAAAAUAGUGAACGUCGAGGAGAUGACCAGUUAUGUCUAGGUCUCGGCAGAAAAGGCCUCUGCCAGAUCUGCAUGUUGGGUGGGUGUUAAUCCAGCCAUACCGGAUAGUAGACAUGCGGCCUCUAUCGCAUGCUGCAUUGUCGAGAGCCGCGACGAUAUAAAAUGGACCUUAUUGGAGCCCACUAUGUGGCGCUCCGGUCCUAGGCCAGCCAGGGGCAAGGCGAGAUCAUUCUCUCUCGCAACCUCAAAGGUUGCCCGCAGGCUAAUGGGAACGACAUACCCAUCGGUAAUGUCGAUGGGACUGGGAAUGAAGAAUCCCAGGAGGCGUCUAGAGGGACGGCCUCUGGUUGGGGGAUCUGGGGUCGGCCUUUGGCUUGGCCUAUGCUCGACGAGCAUAUCUUGUGCUCUGGCAACAUGCCGGUUGCCGGACAUAUAUGGGAUUCCGUGUAGCAGACUUGUGGUGCUUGGACCAUAUUGUACAUGGGUAUAUGUUGUAAACUCCCGGGUGGUAUUUACCAGCCCGUUCAUUGAAGUUGGUCAUGCGUCGAAGGAUGUAUUGGACGAUGCUUGGCACGGUGCCCUUGUUAAGGCUCCGGGCCCUGAUAGAUGGGAUGGGGUGGCAUCCUCCUAUGAAGAAGGAGCAAAGAUUAGUUCCAAGGCAAUAGCCAUUGCCAUACACAGUGCCGUUGACAGGCCCCCGAUAUGAUUAGUGUAGAGG